AAUGAAUGAGUUAGGUGGAAGAGAUGGUGACGAAAGAGAACAAUGAGGAUCGAAAAUGAAAAUUGGAGUGGCCCAUCGCCAUAUCUUCUGAAACUGAACAAUAAACUGUUCCUUCAACCUUCCCUUCUAUUUUUUUUUUCCAUUUCAUUGCCUUUAAACCCCACUUACUUAAACCAGCUCUAUCCACUCUUUUUUUUUUUAAAAAAAAAAAUUCAACACUGACAGUCCCACCACAAAGAAAGAGAAAGAGAGUGACAGAUUUCCAAAUAAAUAGUGGCCGGCCUUUUUAGGGUUCAUCGAUUUUUGUCUUCAUUUUCACGUUCUCCCAGAUUCACCCACUCUGUUUUCACUCUGUUUUGAACCCCUUGGAACACUCUAGAAACUCGUUUUACAUACUGGGUCAAGCUAGUUGAGCCUUGAGAUUCAACGUUUGAAGGAAAUGGGUAGGAUCCGUUGCUUUUUGGAUAUUAGUAUUGGAGGUGAUCUUGAGGGAAGAAUUGUGGUGGAGCUUUUUGAAGAUGUGGUGCCUAAAACAGCUGAGAAUUUCAGGGCUCUUUGCACUGGCGAGAAGGGUAUUGGUCCACAUACGGGCGUUCCCCUUCAUUUUAAGGGGUCAUGUUUCCACCGUGUUAUAAAAGGAUUCAUGGUACAAGGUGGAGAUAUUUCUGCUGGAGAUGGUACUGGUGGAGAGUCUAUAUAUGGCAAGGAAUUUGAUGACGAAAAUUUUGAGGUGAAACAUGAAAGGAAAGGAAUGUUGUCUAUGGCUAAUUCUGGUCCCAACACCAAUGGCUCCCAAUUUUUUAUCACAACUACUCGCACUCCUCAUUUAGAUGGGAAACACGUAGUGUUUGGGAAGGUUCUGAAAGGAAUGGGUGUUGUUCGUUCAAUUGAGCAUGUUACAACUGGUGAAAAUGCCUGUCCUAUUGCUGAUGUCGUUAUUUCGGAUUGUGGAGAAAUUCCUGAGGGAGCAGAUGAUGGAAUUUCAAACUUUUUCAAUGAUGGGGAUACGUUUCCUGAUUGGCCAGCUGACCUAGAACAGAGCUCUGAGGAUCUUGAAUGGUGGGUGAAGGCAGUUGAUUCUGUGAAGGUUUUUGGCAAUGAGCAUUACAAGAAGCAAGACUACAAGAUGGCUCUCAGAAAGUAUCGAAAGGCUUUACGCUACCUUGAUAUCUGCUGGGAAAAAGAAGGAAUUGAUGAAGAGAAGAGUUCAUAUCUUAGAAAAACUAAAUCACAGAUAUUCACAAACAGUUCGGCUUGCAAAUUAAAGUUAGGGGAUCUAAAAGGAGCAUUGUUAGAUACUGAUUUUGCUAUGCGUGAUGGAGACGACAAUGUUAAGGCUUUGUUUCGCCAAGGUCAGGCACACAUGGCUCUUAAUGACAUUGAUUCUGCUGUUGAAAGCUUCAAGAAGGCAUCGGAUUUGGAGCCAAAUGAUGCUGCCAUAAAGAAAGAGCUUGCUGCCGCGAGGAAAAAGAUUGCUGACAGACGUAAUCAAGAAAGAAAGGCAUAUAGCAAAAUGUUCCAGUAGCCCUUGAUUGGCUUAUGGAGUAGAGAGCUAGAUUCCAUACAUGAUGAGUUUCAUCUGCACGAAAUCGAUCGACAUCUGACGACCGGGGUUGGUACUAUGUGCUUUAAACUGGAAGAUGUUAAAAGUAAUGUACUAAGGCUGGAUGAAACUCUCCAUUCAAACAAUUUUGCCAAGAAGAAAAACCUACGAGGUUUUAGAAAAAUAUACAUUAUUUCUCGUUU